UUCUUUUCAAACACUAUAAAAAAUCGGUCAGGGUAGGUGUGUAAUGGUAAUUUCAAAACGUCGCUCCACGAAACGAUUUUACCCGAGGUAUUUCUACAUCACGAAUCUUCCACGAACAACUGACUAUUUAUAAUGUCAAAAAGAAAACAUAAAGUAAACAAAACAGAAAACUUUUGACAACUGACCUGUAAAAUAAACGUUUACCUGAGUGUAUAAAGAAAAAGAACAGUGAAUGGACUGCUGAGAGAGUCCAAGAAAUAUUAAAAUAAAUUUCUUUGGUAAUUCCAAUCUUUCUUGUUCAUAGUGGGACAAAGAUUAAAAAGAAAAAAUGGACUUGUUGAGCUAUGGAGAUUGGCAGUCAGAUCGCAGCUUAUCAGAGAGCAACAAAUUCAUGUUACAGCAAAAGAUUGGUUGUGAUAUCAGCUUUCUAUUGGGCAAAUCAAAGGAAUUGGUACAGGCACACAGUUAUAUGCUGGCAAGUCGAAGUAGUGUAUUCUUUGCAAUGCUGUAUGGACCUUUUGACAAAAGUGACAAGCCGAUUGAAAUACCAGACAUAGAAAAAGAUAUUUUUGAACAAAUUUUAAGGUAUAUGUACUGUGAAGAAAUUUCUAUUAAUGAGGACAAUGUGACCCACAUUCUUUAUGCUGCACGCAAAUAUGGAAUCUCAAAAGUUACAAAAGAAUGCAGGUCUUUCUUGGAGAAGAACAUCAAUCCAGACAAUGUUUGUGUCAUUGCUGAAAAUGCUCACAUCUUUGAUGAAGAAGAGCUUUUCAAAAUGUGUCUAGAUUACAUCAUCAAACACGCCUUUGAAAGCAUUCACUCAGAGGCCUUCACUCAGCUGUGCCAGUCCUGUGUGACUAAGAUAAUUGAGAGGGAUGAUCUUCCUUUGGAUGAAGAUCACAUUUUGGAGUGUAUGACCCAUUGGGCCAAGAAGCAGUGUAGUCGUCAAAGUUUGGCAGUUACGGAGGAGAAUCAGAGGGCAGCCCUUGGCGACCUUUUCUACUUGAUACGGUUUCCAAUUAUGAACUUGACAUAUUUUGCAGACAAUGUUGCAAAGAACAGCAAACUUCUGACUGAAAUAGAAAAAAUCAAUCUCUACACAUACAUGGCUGGAACAAAUAAAGAGUUGUCAGACAUCAAAUUUGUCACGAAAUGUAGGAAAUCAUUUUUCAUCACAUGUACACGUUUGGGGGCUUUGGAAAAAGCAAAUGUUGAAACCUUUAGAUGGAGAACUGGGGAACUGGAGAAACUAGACUUUAAAGUGUCAAAGAAGAUUGAAAUUCAUGGCAUUGUAGUGUAUGGUGGAAGGCUAGAAAAGUCAAACUACAAAGUUUCGGCCUGGCUGAGAAAGCAUGACACGGACGAAGUCAUUGCGGACUGUCACAGCAAGCUGACAACUACACCAGAGGGCAUCACCUAUCGGGUCUUCUUCAGAAAGCCUGCCAUAGUGCAGGCCAACAAGAGAUACUGUAUCCACCUACAAAUGAAGGGAGCCAAGACCUACUGGAGUGAGGAGGGAACCACUAACGUCACCUGCCAUGAUGUUGUGUUUACAUUUCUGGACUCCCAGGAAUACGGGAAUGGGACCGGGGCUAGACGUGGUCAGAUUCCAGGAAUCAUCUUCACCAGAUAUCCUAGGAACCAGACCAGUUAACCAUCAACCGCUCCUUACAAGGGAUUUUGUUUUCAUAUCCUGGACGUUGUUUUUUUAUGUCACCAUGAAUCACACAACCAAACAAAACAUCAAUAAGACUAAGUCAUAUGAAUUUUAUUCAGUGCAACACCCUACUGUAAACCAUUAAAUCUUACUUAUGUGAAACAUUAUUUUAUUAAAAUCACUAGAAUC